GAAAGAGAGAGCUCUUUGAUCAUCUCGUGUCUGGGAGUCUCUUUCCAGGAUUGCGAGUGACAACGGUCGAUUUUCCACGAUCAAGGUGAACAAAUAGGUGGUGAAUCCAUGGAGCAAUCCAGCUAUAAUCCAUUUCUCGCCAUGAACUAAGAAGCCUAACAGAUUCUUCUGUCACUGUGCGCGAGCGAGCGAGGGAUGGAGAGAGAGAGAGAGUCUCGUGGAGUUAUUGCCAGCGCCAGGACAGGCUUUGGGCUUUUGGUCUUUUCUCCAAAAGAGGGCAUUCAUCCAUCCCUUCGAGCAAUGGAGGCGCGCUCCGCCAAGAAGAAGAAGCUCCCGGCGAUGGCGUCGAUCGUCUUGGCUGUCACCCUCUUCCUCCACUCCGCCUCAGGUGCGUUCGUGGGUGUGAGCUUCGGCACCGCGGUCUCCAAUCUCCCCCGCCCGGAGCACGUCUGCGACCUCCUCACGAGCAUGGGCGUGGAUCACGUCCGCCUCUACGACGCCAGCUCCGACACUCUCACCGCCUUCGCGGGCUCGGGCAUCCGGGUCCUGGUGGCGCUGCCAAACAACGCCAUCCACAGCGUCGCCGCCUCGCCCGCCGCCGCCGCCGCCUGGCUCAAGAACAACGUCCUCGCCUUCCUCCCCAACACCAACAUCACCGGCAUUGUCGUGGGCGACGCCGUGCUCACCGGCUACCCCAUCGCCGCGCCGCUGCUCGUCCCCGCCAUGCGCUCCCUCCACCGCGCGCUCGUCCACGCCGGCCGCCUGGAUCGCUCCAUCAAGAUCACCAGCGCCCACUCGAGCACCAUCCUCAUGGGCGCCUUCCCGCCCUCGCGCGCCUUCUUCAACCUCUCCUUCGCGGACGCGGUGCUCGCGCCCAUGCUCGACUUCCUCGCCGCCACCGACUCCUACUUCCUGCUCGACCUGGAUCCCCUCGCCAUCUACGAGCAGAGCGCCAGCAUCACGCCGAUCGAGUACGCGCUCUUCCAGCCCAACCGCGGCGCGACCGACGCCACCACGCAGCUCAACUACACCAAUCUCUUCGACGCGAUCGUGGACGCGGCCUUGAGCGCCAUGGCGGCGAUGAACCACACGGACGUGCCGCUGGUGAUCGGCGCCGCGGGGUGGCCGUGGAAGGGCGAGUCGCCCGACGCCACGAUCGAGAAGGCCGAGAUCUUCAACACCAAUCUGGUGGAGCACGUCCUCACCAACCGCGCGUCGCCGAUGCGCCCCGGGUUGGAGGUGGACACGUACAUCCACGAGCUCUACAGCGAGGAUCGCAAGAGCGGUGGCGAUGGCGGCCGAUUGUGGGGGCUCUUCCACGCCAACCAGACGCCCGUCUACAAGCUCGACGUCUCGGGCGUGACCAUGCUUCGCGAUUCCUCCACUGGGAAUGGAUCGAUCGCCAAGAUGUGGUGUGUCGCCAGGAGUGGAGCCAGCGACAAGGAUCUCGAGUCCGCGCUGAAUUGGGCGUGUGGAAUCGGCAAUGCCGAUUGCUCCGCGAUCCAGCAGGGAGGGGCUUGCUACUCGCCCGACUCGGUGGCAUCGCACGCUUCCUAUGCGUUCAAUAGCUACUUCCAGAGGAACGUCCAAGGGAAUGGGACUUGCGAUUUCAAUGGCUGUGCCACGCUCACCAGCACCGAUCCAAGCUAUAAUAGUUGCAUUUACUCGUCUGGGAGCGUCAACUCGAUCAUACCGCAAAACUCCACCGCCACCCCGAGCAGCAGCAGCAGCAGCAGCAGCUUGAACAGCUUCCCGGCGGGAUUGGAGCGAGUGAUCUUGCUAACAGCGUUUGCUCUAGUUGGAUUCUAACAGGAAGAACGACCAAGAACUGUACAUUUCAAACCCAGGAAUUUUGGAGAAGGAAACUCUUUACCGGUGGAAAAAA